UGGGUUCCCGGACCCCUGACCCUCAGAGGUGUCCCGGCACAGGGACACAGAACGACGCAUUGCUCCUCGCGGAGGGUGGCCGACUUCCCACUGCGGAUCCCCACAGCUCAGCCCCCUGUGGGUGGGUCAGUCUGUACUCCGAAGGUCUAUCCCAACUCCAACCCUGCGGAGCUGAGCCUCCGAAGAAGGUUUCUUAGGGGUGGAGAGAGAGCCAGAGGCCACCAGGACUCCACCGUGUCCCAGAUCCUCGCUGGCACCCGGGAUCGCCUCGUCCAGAUCCCUGCGGGCGGCCGUGGAUGGAGCCCUGCCGCACGGCUCCUGGUGUUCUUGGGCUUCUGGCAGCAGCGAGGACCUUUCCAAGGUCAAGUCAUGAAGGUGGCUGUGUUGGACCUUGGGUCUCUCUUUGCCAAAAUCUUCAAGACUUCGACGACGGCGUCCCCCGAGGUUCCCUCUCUGGUCGCCUCCUCCGGACACUCGGGAGGUGCUGCUGCCUCGGGAUCAGCGGGCUCUGGCGGGGGCACUUCGCUUAGCACGACCCCGACCCUGACCCUCUUACCCUCGCUAGCUCCGGACUCCUCCUCCGCCUCCCGUGGCCCCGCCACGUCGUGGCACCCGCUGCUCACCGCCUCCUACCCCAGGGUCUCUGCCGCUAGUCGCACGGCAGAAGCCUUAAGGUCCCCCUUUUCAUUACCGGGUAGCCCAAGAACACCGAAAGUCCAGCCUCUGCCCCUGCCUCCCCCCUGCGGCGGCUACAGGGCCACCAGCUCCCCCGCCCACCUGGGGGCCCUGGCACGGCCACCCCCUGGCCUUGGAGGAGUCUGGGCUGCUCUGCCCUCUGUUGCGGGGGACAACAGUAUAGUCGCGAGCCCUCGGAACCCUCGCCAGCCUGGCCCUGGAGAGCGAGAGCCCAGUUCCUGGAUCCCUUCUGAGCCUGGCCCCAAAACACUGGUCUUCACCUUGCCGGACAUCGGUGAGGAGUGGGCCUCAGACAGCGACUCGGAGGACAGCGGAGAAGGAAGAGGACUUUCCGAAGGUUCUAGAAAGCACAGUGUUGCUGUGAAAAGCAAAGAUCCUUUACCAACACAUUUUACAAGAAAUGUUCAGAAAGCCAUUGAUAAAUAUACCUGUGAAUCCCCAUCAUCGUUUUCAUCUAGUGGAAGCUGCACACCCACGAGAGCCCACGAUUCAUGGUCAAGGUCUUCAACACAGAGUUCUACCACUGGCUUGUCCACAGAGAGGAGCUCAGUUUAUUCCUGGAGAGAUGAUGAGUUUGACAAAGCCAAUGCACAGAAAGUGCAGCAGUUGUUUUGGGAGGUCGAGGAAUUGCUAUUUGAGGGGAAAGUAAGCCCUCAGACUCAGAAUCUAGUGGCCGAAUGUGGUGAAUGGGCAAGAAGAUCCCUCCAUCUGAGAGUAUUAGGAAGACAGCUUAUCCUGCCAACUGAUGAAGGGUUCCAACACUUGCAGGGCAAUGUGCCUAGUUCUGCUGGCCAUAAACCCUUACCUGAUGCCCCAGAAUGCAGCAGCAACAUCCAACAGUUGUGCAUCUCUGGUUCUCAAAUAAUCCCAGCCACACUCUCAGCCUCUGCCCUGCCAGGCCCUGUAGGCACAGGGACUGCCCACCUCACAGCAUGUUCAUCCCUGGAAGAAGAGGUUUACGAUAUGGAUGGAAAGGUGGAAGAAUAUUUUGCUUUUGACAAAAAAGAGGAUGGCGAUGAACGUCUUGAACGGAAACCAGCUCACCGUGGCAGGAAGUGGCAUAAACAUGGACUUCCUCCUAUUUCCCCUCAUGACUGUAUCAAAGAUGCUGUGGCAGCAGAAGUGUUUGAUCAUGUCUGGAAAAAUGUGGUAGAAAUAUUAGAAGGACUGAUUAGGAAAAACUGGGAAACUACACUUAAAGAAGGGAAAAAACAGAAAGAAAAGUUGAAAGUCGCUGAAAAUCRACCCCCACAGGUACUCCUCUCCCGGCUGAGCACGGAUGUGGCCAGCGUCCCCCCAUCCAGGAGUUCUGAAGCUCGMAGCUUGCCCAUGGCUUCUCAUCUUAAUCUACCCCAGAUUCAUCGCUUCUCCAAUAAUUUCUAUAGCGAUUUGAAUGGUGUGAUGACAAUUCAAGCAAAACCACUCCAGCAGAGACCUAUGUAUUUUGUGGAUAGAACACAGUAUGAACAAGAGGACAAAUCAUCUAGUGUGGGCGCCAGUGCUCCGUCCUCUACACGGCUCCGCCUGGCUAGAAUCUCAGAUACUCACAGAUUACAGACUUCUGCCAGGAAAAUACCAGCGCACCGGAGGCUGCCUUCUCUUACUUCAGAUUCACAGAGAAUAAAAACCCCCAAUGUGUACAGUGAUGAAAUUCUUAGGGGAACAAAACUGCAAACUGGCCUAGACCACGUGUCUUCCCCACCGGUUCAAACCUCCUGGAACAGGUUGCCCCCGAUAGGCUCAGAGGCUGGGGAGCAGAUCACAGCUGUUUCCGGAUCCCGCUCCGUUUCCUGUCCUGGCAUCCUGGAUCUGGGUCCUGCCCAAGUUGGAGUGGAUGGAUCUGGGUCGCUGGGCUUGACCUUCCUAGGUAGUCUAUUGGUCCAAAGUUCACAAUAUUUGCCUAAAUCUUUUCAGAGGACAACUGUGACUUCAAGAAAGAGGUUCCAAGUGGCAUCUUGAUGUUAAUUUACCAGAACCAUGGACUCAAUUCACUGGAGCAUCCAAAGUAUCAGCAUGCCAUUCUKCACUUGAAAAGUGGAAGAACAAGUAUUAUACUAUUUAUCUGUUUAUCUGACAGUCUGCAAUGUUAGGCUACCUGAGUUAAAUGCAAAUAAAAUAAGUAAUUUCAUUUGAAUACCUCACAUUCUAAAGAGCAUGAAAGUCAAAGUCACUAAUCUUCUUUACUGGGAGCAUUCCUGAGGUUCUUCAGGCUUUGCUCAGAAGAUCUAAUAUGUGUUUCAAUUCCAUCAUUCUAUCAGUUACGCACACAGAGUGUGUGCCAAUAUGCACACUCGAAUAAUAUAUAUGAUAUAUAUUAUCUAGGUCUAUGCCAUUUUGUAACUUUGUACCUUAAUUUUUAAAUCUCAUUCUCUUAAUAAUUCCAUCGAAAUCCUAAUCACUAAUAGAUAUAACUUCCUUCUUUGAAAACUAGUAAAGUUGUGUUUGAGAUAAUCUGUCCCAUUUGGAAAAGAUUCUGAUUAUUCUAGUCAYGGUGCUGACUUUGUUAUAUCUGUUUAAAAGUGCUUUAAUCAUGAGCUUCUUUGUGCAUCGUCAGUGACUAAUUAAUUUUAAGCCAACUGUGUGUUACUAGUUUUUAUUUCAAAGCCAAGCCUUGCAUUUGAAAGUCCCCACAUUUAUACAUUUUUAAAGCUGAAUACAAAACAUAAUUAAAACUGGUUCCAUAUGGCUUCAUCCUCAUUAUUUCAAUUGAGUGUCCAUGCACUGGAGAGAAGGCUUUGCAGCAGCAUUGUCCUUAUAUUGUCACCAUCUCAUCUGUGCUCUAAUGUCACCUCUGCAGUAAAGUCCCAGCCCAUUUGCUUAAAGCAGCAGCUCCAUGCCCUCUCCCCACCCCUCGCCCGUCUUCCUGCCCUGCUCUAUCUUCCUCAGUGCAUGUCUCCCUAUCUGACAGUACUGUAGAAAAUGGAGUGGGAAUGGAAAGGAGAAAUGUCAAUUGGAGGCAAAGCUGAUUUAUAGUGGCUUAAGUCCUUGUAUUCAUCUCAGAUCAGCAUAAUUUUUUCUUUGCUACCAGGUAAUUGUACCUUAUCAAUCUGAUUUUCACUAAUCCAAGUUAAACUUUAUACACAAAUCUGGACCACAUCCAGUGUGAUAGAGGGAAUGGGUAAAGGUCAGGGGGAUGGGCUGGCUGUGAAACAAAAGCUACGAAAGUAGUAUAUUAAGAAAUAAGACAAAAAGGCAAGAAUUAUAUAUUUUCACAAAGCAGGGGCGUGUCGGGUUGAGYAGACAUGAUGGGUCUGGCUCCUAACAGUGAGAUAAAAGCCAGCGCUUGCUUUAUUUAUAGUGAUACAGACCAAAGGGGAUCCAUAGGGAUCUCCUUCCUUGGGGACAGGAUAAGAGUGGAGAUAAACAGGUUGUGCUAGGCAGAUUAUGCCCAUCUCUGGGUGGUGUUGUUUGAUCCUAAGGCUGUGAGGUAAGGCGGGGUGCUAGCAUGAUCUGGGAUUUCUUGAACCCCGGGAUUUCACCCAGGAGUUUCCAGAAAAGCAACUUCCCUGCCUUAAUGGCUCAWMCAAACCCAUAAUUUAUAUAUUGCUCGCAACACAUAAAAACAUGUGUAUCACAUAAAUGUGUGACAAAUUAUUUUCAGACAUUUCUGCCUAUGAGGGGUCGGGAUCAUUUUCUAUUAGAGAUGUUUGGAAAUUAAAAAGUAUGCUGAUGGGUUGGGGUAGAGCACUUGCCUUGCACGUAUGAGGCACUGGGUUCAA